AUGUCGACAUCCAGCACAGCCGAAAGACUUGACGCUGCAAUAGCGGAAUUCUUCUCCUCAUGGAAUAUCUUCACCACCAUCCUUGUCAUCAUUCUGGUCAUGGUCCUCACCUAUCCAUUGCUUACGGGUCAGGAACCUGACACUCAUCCGUUUCUCCUGGCCAGACAAGCGCAGGUAGCACCGGUCCGUCAACCCGGUGAGUCGGCUGUCUACCGCGCCAUCGACAUUCCUCAUGGAUAUCCUCUUCGCGCUGGCCUGGGUGUCAAGGACCCUGGCACCCCCAAAUGGAGUUCCGGCCGCCCUGGGGACCUUCGUGAUGUCUGGAGAGCGGCCGUCCGUGGCGCCGUCAAGGAAGACGGUACACCGACGGGUGAAAAGGGCAAGAUCCAGACGGUCCUCGGACGGGAGAAAGUUGUUGAGCACCGCCUUGAUGACUUGACGCUGGGGAUCAAUGUCAUUGGUCAGUACGUAAAACGGAACAACGGCCAGUCUGUGGCCGUGUGCCUUUCGAAUUCGGUGGAAUUGCUAUCGUCAAUCUUCGCUGGCUCGUUCUAUGGCUUCUCGACUAUUCUCUUGCCAUAUGGUGUUCCGCAAGAAAAACUCAACCCGCUAUUAUCCAAGAUCUCGGCCGACCAUGUGAUCGCUGAAGCCGGCACGCUGGACCUUGAUGACCUACAAUCUUCCAACAAGGGCAUCAAAUCCAUCAUCUGGGUCACCAAGCCGGGCAGCUUGCAUAUGAAUUGGUCUGAGGACGCGCCGGCCGGUUACACCAUCGGCUCAUGGCAGGAACUCGUCGAGAAGAAUAAACGAACUACCAACUCCGAAGUCUUGCCUCUGGAUAAAGAUUCUCAGGUUCCCCCCGUGUCGAUGUUCUACCCCACUGCCAGCGGAAGCUAUGACUUGGUCAAGUAUUCAUCCGAGGCCAUCAUCUCCGGCACCGCCGCGCUCCAAGCGACCUUGACCCGAACCCACAAGCUUUCACCAACAGACACGCUCCUCCCCACGACACGCCUCACAGACAGCUACACUCUCUGCUGGACGCUGGCAGCCCUGUACUCGAACGCCUCCCUCUCCCUCAACUCCGUCUCCGGCGACGACAUCGACCUUGUCCACGCUAGUUCCCUCACCAACCCAACCAUCGUCAUCGCCUCACCGCCCACCGUCAAAUCCUACUUGUCGCACCCUGCCACAACCCUCCCCUCUGGCCUCUCGAGAUACAUGUCCACCCGCACCCUCCAAGCCGGCAAUUUACCAGCCAAAUCAGGCGACCCGUCCACAUCUGCACUCUCCAAACUGCGCAUCCUGCUGAUCCCACAAUCCACAACGCUGGCAUCGGCGACCCAUCUCUCCUCAUCCACCCUGCACACCCUGCGCACACACCUGAAAUGCCGCAUCGGGUAUGCCCUCACCACACCUUCCGUCGCCGGCGCCAUCGCUCAGACCAACAUCCUCGACUACCGCGACAAAGGCAGCAAGGUAUGUGUCGGCGGACCCUUGAGCUCCGUCGAAGUGCAUCUAUCCGGUGAUGAGGGCGUGAUGGGCACCCACACCCCGCGUGGAACUAUCACCAUUAAAGGACCCCCUGUGGUAUCGGGCAAGACGUCACUGGAUAAUAUCGAAGUGCAGAUCGAUGAAGAUCACACGUUGCUUCUGCUUUAG